GCGCGGUCCCUGCAGUGGUUGGCGCGGCGUUCAGCCUGGCCAUGGGGCCGCAGGGCGUCUGGCCGCUCCUGCUUCUGCUUCUGGAUUGCUGGGCCUCCGUGAGCGCCCAGACCAGGGCUACUCCGCCUGUGCCGACGGAGGGCCUCAACUCUACGGAGGCAGCCCGGACGACUCCCCGACCCGCCUUGUCUCCUAGGCCCUCUGGAACUCCCAAGGCCCCCGUCCCCACCUCCGGCCCCAGGCCCACCCCGGUCACGGACGUUGCUGCUCUGUGCGUCUGUGACCUGACUCCUGCGCAAUGUGACGUCAACUGCUGCUGUGAUCCUGAUUGCAGCUCCACAGAUGUCAGUGUCUUUUCUGCCUGUUCAGUUCCAGUUGUCAUGGGCGAUAGUCAGUUUUGUAGUCAAAAAGCAGCCAUCUAUUCAUUGAAUUUUACAGCAAAUCCACCUCAAAGGAUAUUUAAACUUGUUGACCAGAUUAAUCCAUCUAUUUUCUGCGUUCAUAUUACAAACUAUAAACCUGCGUUAUCCUUUAUUAAUCCAGAAGUGCCUGAUGAAAAUAAUUUUGAUAAAUUGAUGAAAACAUCUGGUGGUUUUUCCUUCAAUUCCGAAGCAGAGAUUUCUUUCUCAACCCAGUCAGACACUCCAGCUCCUGCUAAGUAUAAGUAUGGGACUCCUCUGCAGACUUCAGAUUCAUUCUUGAGAUUUCCCUCUCCCCUUACGUCAUCUCUGUGCACUGAUAAUAACCCUGCAGCAUUUCUGGUGAACCAAGCUGUUAAGUGCACCAGAAGAAUAAAUUUGGAACAGUGUGAAGAAAUUGAAGCCCUGGGCAUGGCUUAUUACAGCAGUCCUAAAAUUCUGAGGGUGCCUGGUUUAAGAACAGAGGCAGAGAUCCCUGUCACUGUUCAGUCCGUCCUCGUGCAGUCUUUGAAUAAAACACUGAGCCGCCUGGAGGACACGGUCCGAUUGAACCAGACUCUGGUCGAGGCUGGGGAUGUUAAAAUCUGCACUAACGUCAUUCUCGAGGUGAAGUACAGCAUCACGUACACAGACGCAGGGGAGGUAGCCCAGGCUGGCCUUGCUCUCCUCCUGGGGACGGUGAGCCGGGCAGUGGUCGCGCUCGAGCAGAAGUUUGAAAUUUAUUUCAUUCAGCAAAAUACAAAGCCAGUUCCUCUCAGCGGAAACCCUGGUUAUGUUGUGGGGCUCCCAUUAGCUGCUGGAUUUCGGCCUCAGAAGGGAUCUGGGAUUAUUCAGACCAUGAACAGAUUCGGACAACUUACUAUUCUUCGUAGCCUAGCCGAGCAAGAUUGCUUCGCAGUGGAGGGGAUCCGGGCCCCCGUAUUAUUUGGUUACGACAUGCAGUCUGGCUGUAAACUAAGACUGCCCAAAGCCAUGGCGUGCCGGCUCGCGGCGCGGAGAGUGAAGAGCCUCCUGCAGAGCCAAGGCUUCCCGGACUAUGUGGCCCCUUUUGGAAAUUCCCGGGCCCAGGAUGUGCUGGACUGGGUACCGGUCCACUUCAUCACCCAGGCGUCCCACAUGAAGGGAUUCACCACCGUCCUGACUGCUCCUGUGAUCAUUGGUGUGACAUGAGGCAUCGUCAUGAGACAGAGGAGUGUGAGGACUGUGGCAAGAAGUGAGACUCCUGUGGGCAUCGCUGUCCCAGCCAUUGUUCCCUGGUCUAUGAAGGCAGCCCACACGUGAGAGCUUUCCAUUCCAAAGUUCCCCGAAGAGUUUAAUGGAAGUCGACAUCCUACAGAGAGGUUCCUGAUCACACGUGAUUCCUCUGCCCACCUUUCUCUUUUGUCUCAGCCGUCAGAGUGUGGGCGGCUGCUCUCCGGCUUAUCCUUCAGUCGCCCAGCUUUUGCUGGUGGCGGCUUCUCAGGCCUCUCAUUAUCUGCUUAGCAUAUUUAUAGCCGGGGGACAAUGGGGCGAGCACUCGCUCUCCAGCUCCGAGCCGGCCCUCCUCCUGAGCCCCCAGCAGAGCCCGCUGAUGACUCCGUCCCUGCUGUUCAGCGGCUCAGUCUUGGCUCAGUUUUGCGGCCUCAGUGAAGCAGGCGCCUGGCUUCUGGCUUCUCAGAGAUGGGUGAAGACAUUGUUGCUGCCCCCUCAGAAGGGAAAACAGGUUGGGAGGAGAGGCAGCGCAGACAUGCGCACUGUCGGGGUCUGUGCUGUGCAGGGAGCUCAGAGGCCUGGAACGGCUUUUGCACCUACGUUGCAGGAAACUCAGGGGGCAGUGGCCCCCGAGCCUGCGCCAGGCCCGCGUCUGCUGGCUGCGUGUUGCCUCUUCUAAUAACAGAUCCUCACAGACUUUUCCAGCCUGCAACCUUCCUAAAAGGCAGUUCCCAGCUAAGGAGUUCCAUCCGUGCCUUUUUGGCAGGAACCAAAUUUAGCAGGCUUGCUAGCUUUUCAUGCCCUGAAGAGGCAUAUUUUAAAAAGCUUGUUUUUGUGGGAAAAUUUAAAACAUACACAGAAGUAGAAUAUUACAGUAGAAUUCCUUCUACCUGUCAUGCAGCUUCAGUGGUUAUCACAUUUGCCAACAAACACGAUGUAAAGGCCCGGGACAAGGUUGGGAAGGCCCUGGCCCCCAUGGCCACUCUUCCCGGGGCAGAGGCCUCAGGCCUGCUCCCACAUCUCCAACCUGCUUGGGUCACACGGAGAAUUCAGAGUUCGUAUCUUUUACAGCUCAUGGACUCCACUGUGUCAUC